UUGGCGAGGGAGAUGUAUUAGAAGCGCCAAACCUGUAAAAAUCACGCGCCCUCUGCAGGCGAGAGGGGGCGUUAAGGAUAACCGCGGGAGACUGUCCGGUGCUUUCACCCAGGUAAAGCCUUCGGACUACAACUCCUAGCAGCCACCGGGAGUCCCCAGGGUAACCUAAGCGGUUACUUCCCGGCCCACGCCUCCUGGGGUUGCGCGCGAAAUCUGAUCCCGGGUACCAAGGUCCAAUCGGAAGGGGUUCCCAAGUCCCGCGAGAGCAAGUAGCGCGUAGCGACCCACGGAACGCGGUGCUUUCGGUUUGGUAUCCGCGCUGUGGGCCUCUCUUUCCCGGGGUUUUCUGCCUCUCUCCGGUAGAAGAAGGGAGGUACUGGUUAGCGUUUUCCAGUUUUGCGUCCGGAUUCCUGAGAACUUCGGAGCCUUCCCCGCCACACCGCUGGUGCCGGCAGAAGCGGGUUGCCGGCCAGGGGCGAGAGUCUGGUGCGCUUCCUCCGCACUAUGAAGAUGUCGGAGAAGUGGCUCUUGUCACCCGACAGGCUUCCUUCACACCAGGCCCCCGCUCCACCCGGUCCCUCUCCCCAGGACUCCCUGAUGGAUGAAAAUACAAACCCUGAAGUGACCCCACCGUCACCCGCAGGGGAUGACCCGCCCCUAGCGUCGCCAGGUCCCGUCGCUGGCCCAAGUGUGUCGCAGGAGCUGGCGGAGAGGCGCCCGUCUUCUCCCUCCGCUCCCCUGGAAGCGCAGUUGGAUACUGCUAGGGACUCCAGUCCUCGAGUCGAGGAGCAAGAACUUUCAGAAAGCGCAAGCCAGCCUGCAGAAGAAACAAACGAGCCGGAGCUGGGGGCUGGCGAGGCCGCGGAAAACCUCUCUGAGGAGCCCGCUCCCGAGGGUGAGGGAGACAACAUUUGGAGCUACGGCUUCUCCCAGCUACCACGAUUUCUUAGUGGUUCCUGGUCCGAAUUCAGUGCCCAGCCUGAGAACUUCUUGAAAGGCUGUAAGUGGGCUCCUGAUGGCUCUUGCAUCUUGACCAAUAGUGCGGAUAACAUCCUGCGGAUUUAUAACCUGCCCCCAGAGCUGUACAAUGAUGGGGAGGAAGUGGAGUACACAGAAAUGGUGAGGGUCCCUGUCCUUCGAAUGGUGGAGGGUGAUACCAUCUACGAUUACUGCUGGUAUUCUCUGAUGUCCUCAUCCCAGCCAGAUACCUCCUACGUGGCCAGCAGCAGCCGGGAGAACCCGAUUCACAUCUGGGAUGCAUUCACUGGAGAGCUCCGAGCUUCCUUCCGUGCCUACAAUCACCUGGACGAGCUGACGGCCGCCCAUUCACUCUGCUUCUCCCCGGAUGGCUCCCAGCUCUUCUGCGGCUUCAACCGGACCGUGCGUGUCUUUUCCACAUCCCGGCCUGGCCGAGACUGUGAGGUGCGAGCCACCUUUGCAAAAAAGCAGGGCCAGAGCGGCAUCAUCUCCUGCAUAGCCUUCAGCCCUACCCAGCCCCUCUAUGCCUGUGGCUCCUACGGUCGCUCUCUGGGCCUGUAUGCCUGGGAGGAUGGCUCCCCUCUUGCCUUGCUGGGUGGGCAUCGAGGGGGCAUUACCCACCUGUGCUUCCAUCCUGAUGGCAACCGCUUCUUCUCAGGAGCCCGCAAGGAUGCUGAACUUCUGUGCUGGGAUCUCCGGCAGCCUGGCCACCCACUAUGGUCCCUGAGUCGGGAGGUAACCACUAACCAGCGCAUCUACUUCGAUUUGGACCCGAGCGGGCAGUUCCUAGCGAGUGGUAGCACCACCGGGGCGGUCUCUGUGUGGGACAUCAGUGGGGCUGGUGACGAUGACGGGAAGCCAGAGCCUGUGCUGAGUUUUCUGCCGCAGAAGGACUGCACCAAUGGAGUGAGCCUGCAUCCUAGUCUGCCUCUGUUGGCCACUGCCUCUGGUCAGCGUGUGUUUCCAGAGCCCACCGAAAGCGGGGACGAAGGGGAGCAGGUGCCGGACCUUCCACUGCUCUCCCUGCGCCAUGUCCACCUCGAGUGUCGGCUCCAGCUCUGGUGGUGUAUGGGGGAUCCAGACCCCAGUAACCCUGAUGACCACCAGGGUGAGACCAGACAAGGAAAGACAGAGGGAGGUGGGGUUGAACUUACAUAAAAAGGUUUUAUAUGAUA